AUGGUCACAGACGUCGUGUCGCCUUUCCCUUCGUCGUCCAAAGACACAGUUCUCUCCAUACAAUCCCACGUCGUCUCUGGAUAUGUCGGUAAUCGAGCGGCAACCUUCCCUCUGCAACUUUUAGGUUAUGAAGUAGACGUCGUCAACACUGUUCAUUUCUCAAACCAUACAGGUUAUGGGCGCUUCAAAGGUCACAAGACCACUCCUGAUGAGCUUCAAGACAUCUUUGACGGUUUACGUGUCAAUGGCCUCUUGACGCACUCAAGAGUUCUCACAGGCUAUAUUCCUGGCGCCGAAGCCCUACAAGUCAUCGCUCAAGAGAUCAAGAGCAUGCGACAUGUCAAUCCCGACCUCUGCUAUCUUCUCGACCCUGUCAUGGGAGACGUUGACAGGGGGCUCUACGUCUCACCGAGCGUUGUCCCUGUAUACAAGCAGAUGCUCUCACUGGCUACCAUCAUAACCCCUAAUCAAUUCGAAAUAGAGACGCUGACAUCCGUCCCAAUCGAUUCACUGCCGGCUCUGCACCAAGCCUUGCGUCUCCUGCACACCGAAUACCACAUUCCACAUGUCGUGUGUUCGUCAAUACCCCUCAAGGCUAACAGUCUGGCCGGUCUUGCCCUACCUUCCCCUCCGCCAUCAUAUACCCAAUUCGUCCCGAGCCCAACUCCACCAUGGUACGACGCCCUAGGAUCCGAUAAGGCCACUGAUGAGGUACUCGUCUGCUUCGCAAGCUCAUGGAACGGAGGAAAGAUGCGAACGUGGGCGUACCCAUUGCCGACUAUCCGUGCCGCCUUCACCGGCACGGGCGAUAUCCUUUCCGCCAUGAUCCUAGGACAUUAUUCACCGAACGUGUCUUGUCCCCUUCCUCACGCCGUCUCCAAAGCUCUCUCGGUCGUCCAGCAGGUGCUGUUGAGGACUCAUCUUCACUCGCUCUCUCAAACCACCCAGUCUCAAGAAACCACUCACCCCUUGAGCAGCCCUUUGCGACGGUCCCAAGAAGCGCGUAAAAGAGAAUUGCGCCUUGUCCAGGAGCAAGCUCUCAUCUCCAACUCGUCAGAGCAUUGGCCUGGUUGUGAAGUGCCAUGGGACGCUAUACAUCUGCGAUCGUGA